AAAAUGUGUGUGGAAUACGACGUAGAAAGACAAAACAGCACAAGCAAGAGUAAAACGCAAAGAAGAAAACGGGCACGUCCGGCGGUAGGGAGCGGUGUUUUUUUUUUUUAUAAGUAAAUUCGGAUCAGCUCAGUAGUGGCGGUCGCGUUCCAUUAGUUCCAAUUAAGUCGUUUCGCGCCCCUGUGGAGGUGCAGUACGCAGCGUGUCUGUCGCGGCAACAAACAGGACCAGUCGGCAGUCUACAGCAGUCGGCACGCGAACAUGGCCAACGAGAAAUCACUCAAAGAGUCCCUGCUGGCCGCGUCGCCGUUCCUGAUCAAAGUCGUGGAAAUCAUACUGGGCUUGACCAGCAUCUGUCUGAUCAUCAGUCCAUACUCGUCGAGGCUGCACACCAGCACUGGUAGAGCGGGUUUCGUGUACUCGGCCCUAUCCGGCGCCGUCCUGGUCGACCUUCUCAUAGUGGUCAGCCAUUUCUUACAACAAAAGAUACCGAAAAAGCCGAGUCUAAUUGUGUCGUGCUGGUACGGCGUGAUGCUGGCCAUAGCCGCCGGCAUCAUAUUCUCCGAUUGGAGAGCGCUCCAGUUCGCCCUCCAGGUGCGACCGUCCAAGAACCGGAUGGACCUGAUGAUAUCUUCGGCUGUCACAGCCACGCUGACGUCCGUCACGUUUUUUGCCGACUUUGUGUUGACGUUCAGGUACGGAUGAAAACGCGCACAAAAAUGUAUAAGAGUGGUGCCUACCUUACCUCGUAUACUCUGGCACAGGACAUAAACUAGAAUCGGUUCUGUGAAACAUGUUUUAUUUUCAUGAUCAUUAUUUUAAUUUUUGUCGAACGCCACCAAAAAUCCACAGUUAUUUUUUAUAUCAUAUAGAGUUUUUUCACGUAAAUUGCACUUUUUUUUAUUAAUAAUAAUACACGACGAACCUAAUAUUGUAACUUUAAGUCCAGCAACUCUGCGGUUCGCAGAUGAUAGGUAAUACAUAUUAUUAUUAUAAUACUAUCUAUAAUAUACAUUAUGUUAUAUGCGAUGAAUAAGUCUAGGGUCCGGUAGUUAAUGCACUGAUAGGUACUGCCUAAAAACACAUUUAUGAAAUUAUAUGACAACAUUUUUUUUUAAAUUUUAAACUAAUCUGUAAACCAACCUCAAUUAUCAAAUACAUAUAGUUAUGUCUUAGGCAUUUGGUAGGUACCUCAUAUAUAAAGUUUUGAUUCAUUGUAACUGUACUUCAUCAUGUAUUCAUAGAGAAUUUCGUCUAAAUGCGAUCAACUAGUAUAGUUCUAACAAUAAUUAAAAGUACAACUUGCUUUGUGAAAAAUUAAACUAUGUAUCCAUCAUAAGCUUUCAAAACUCAAAUUGGUAACCUUAGAAUUUUAAUCUACUAAGUACAGAAAAUGUCAUCAAUAUUUUCCUAAAAACUACAAGAUUAAAUUGUAGGUGCCUAUAUUAUAUUAGUACUAUCAAGCUAUGAUUCAAUUUUUUACCAAGUAAUCUAGAUAUUUUAAUGACCAUUAAACAUAAACUAAAAAACAUACAAUUAUUCCUGACCCUUGUGAUAACCCUAUUAUUAUAUCUAACUUGCGUAUAUGUCUACAUUAUUUACACUUUAAGCUAUAUCAUAAAUGUUAACUAUAUUUGUAAGUGGUAUAUUUUAUUUUAUUAACUAUUUAUACAAUCAAUAUCAUUAUAUAGGUAAUUUGGUAUUUGUGUCUUCAAUAAACAUAAAUUUAGUAUUAUACAUAUUAUAUAAAUAUAUAAUAUAGAUACCUACUUACACAGUUACACACUAUGUCACGGUUAUUUUUUGUUUCAAUAAAAUAAUACCUGAGUAGGUUUGCAUUUUUAAUUCAAAUUCCAUAAACAUAUUUUUACUUAGAAACAUAAUAUAUUUUAUUAAUAUUAAAAUAAAUUAUCAAUUUUAUAUCAAGUAUUUUAUAAACAUUUUUAUUACACAUAACGUCAUAAAGUAUUUAUAAUAAUCAAAGUAAAAAAAAAAAAUUCAUUUCACACAAAUAUUAAUUGGUCAAAUGACACACUUAAUACUUAUAUUAUAUUAUACCUAAAUAAA